UCUCCCACUGCCGGUGGCUCGUGCGUGUUCGCGCUGUAGCACUCGGAUUUAUGCGUUAGCAUUUAAUCCGUCGAAAGACACCCAGGGCUUCAUCAUGUCUUACCCAAACGACGAAGAGGAGUAUGAGCCAUACAGCUACAGUGACUAUGAUCUUCAUACCGGUGAUCCCAAAGCGGAUCUGGCGUACGAGCGUCAGUACGAGCACCAGCAGACGUACCACGUCAUCCCAGAGGUGAUCAAGAACUUCCUGCAGUAUUUCCACAAGACCAUCUCAGACCUGAUCGACCAGAAGGUGUACGAGCUCCAGGCCAACCGCGUGUCCAGCGAAAGCAUCGAGCAGAAGAUCUACGAGAUCCAGGACGUCUAUGAGAACAGCUGGAAUAAGCUGACGGAUCGUUUCUUUAAGACGUCUCCAUGGCCAGAGGCAGAAGCUAUUGCCUCCUUGGUAGGAAACGCAGACGCUGUUUUCCUGAUCCUCUAUAAGGAGCUUUACUACCGACACAUUUAUGCCAAAGUCAGCGGUGGCCCGACGCUCGAUCAGAGAUUUGAAUCCUACUACAAUUAUUGUAACCUCUUCAACUACAUUCUCAAUGCGGAUGGUCCUGCACCACUGGAGCUCCCCAACCAGUGGCUCUGGGACAUUAUCGAUGAGUUCAUCUACCAAUUCCAAUCGUUCAGCCAGUACCGCUGCAAAACAGCCAAGAAGUCUGAGGAGGAGAUCGACUUCCUGAGGAACAACCCAAAGAUCUGGAACGUACACAGUGUGCUUAACGUGCUGCACUCGCUGGUGGAUAAGAGCAACAUCAACCGCCAGCUGGAGGUCUACACCAGCGGAGGUGAGGGCAGUGGGGCUGUCGGGACAAAUUCCACAGAGAUCAAUGGUCAAACUGGAGACCCAGAGAGCGUGGCUGGAGAAUAUGGCCGUCACUCUCUGUAUAAGAUGCUGGGCUACUUCAGCUUAGUGGGCUUGCUGAGGCUGCACUCCUUGCUGGGGGAUUACUACCAAGCCAUCAAGGUUCUCGAGAACAUCGAACUCAACAAGAAGAGCAUGUACUCGCGUGUACCCGAGUGCCAGAUCACCACCUAUUACUACGUGGGUUUCGCCUAUCUGAUGAUGCGCCGCUACCAGGAUGCCAUCCGCGUCUUCGCCAACAUCUUACUCUACAUCCAGAGGACCAGGAACAUGUUCCAGAGGUCAACCUACAAAUACGAGAUGAUUAACAAGCAGAAUGAGCAGAUGCAUGGCCUACUGGCCAUCGCGCUGACCAUGUACCCCAUGAGGAUCGACGAGAGCAUCCACACGCAGCUCCGAGAGAAAUACGGAGAUAAGAUGCUGCGCAUGCAGAAGGGAGACCUGCAGGUGUUCGAGGAGCUGUUCAGCUUCGCCUGUCCCAAGUUCCUGUCGCCCGUCGUCCCCAACUACGACAACGUGCACCCGAAUUACCAUAAAGAACCGUUCCAGCAGCAGCUCAAGGUGUUCGCUGAGGAAGUCCAGCAGCAGGCUCAGCUCUCCACCAUCCGCAGUUUCCUGAAGCUGUAUACCACCAUGCCCGUGGCCAAGCUGGCUGGAUUUCUGGACAUGUCCGAGCAGGAGUUCCGCAUUCAGCUGCUCGUGUUCAAGCACAAGAUGAAGAACCUGGUGUGGACCAGCGGCAUCUCUGCGCUGGACGGAGAGUUCCAGUCAGCCUCCGAGGUCGACUUCUACAUCGACAAGGACAUGAUCCACAUUGCAGACACGAAGGUGGCCCGCCGUUACGGAGACUUCUUUAUUCGGCAGAUCCACAAGUUUGAGGAACUGAAUCGCAACCUGAAGAAGAUGUCCACAUCUGGCACCUCUGGCUCCAGCAAUGCCACAUCGCGAUCAUAAGAGUGCUCACUGAAAUAUUAUUAUUAUUAUUAUUAUUUUUAUUUUAAUUUUUUUCGCACUGCAGCUUCAGCAGAAGAUGCAUUAACACAACUCUGACAUUUACUAAAAGAUGAGCAGUUUACCUUUUCUCACGGAUGGUGCAGAUAUGAAGUCUUUUAACUUACUUUCAUAUUUUCCAUCCUCCAGCAUCCGGUUUCCAACUUGUACACCUUUUAAGGCUUUUUUUUUUUUUGUGUUGCUGGGGAAAAAUAAACAAAGUUGAUGUGAUUAA